CUGACUGAUUCUCUCUGCCUGCCUCUCCUCUAACUGACGAUGACUGAAGCCCAGCUAUUUGUCUUACAGGAUGAGUUCACCUGCUCACUGUGUCUUGAGACCCUCAGGGACCCCAUUUCGAUCCCCUGUGGACAUAGUUUCUGUCUGAAAUGCCUCACCAACUACUGGGAUCAAAGCCAAGUGUGCAGCUGUCCUCAGUGCAGAAGGACUUUCACAACGAGGCCUGAACUGCACAUAAACACUCUGCUGAGUGAAGUUGUCAAGAAAUUAAAGAAGAAGGCAAUUAGACGUCCUCCUCCUCCUCCUCCUCUGUCUCAUAAUUUUGCUGGCCCUGGAGAUGUGGAGUGUGACUACUGUACUGGGAAGAAGCUCAAGGCGGUGAAGUCGUGUUUGACCUGCACAGCCUCCUACUGUCGUACUCACCUGCAGCCUCACUAUGAGGGAGUCGCCUGGAAGGAUCACAAGCUGACUGACCCAGAUGUAAAUCUCAAGGAGAAACUAUGUGCUAAACAUCAGAAAAGUUUGGAAAUAUUUUGCAAAACUGAUGAGAUGUGUAUUUGUGCAAAGUGUGUAGUGACUGAACAUAACAAUCAUAAAAUGGUUGAGUUGGAAAAGGAAAGAGAGGAAAAACAGAAACAGCUGGAGUCGACACUGAGUGAAAUCUGGAAGAAACUUGAGAAGAGAGAGAAGAAACUCAAGGAGAUGAGGAGAGCAGUGGAGCAGAUGAAGAUCUCUGUGAAAAAAGAGGUAGAGGAAAAUAAGAAGAACUUUGCUGAUCUUAUUCGCUGCAUUGAGGAAGCCGAAAGGAAACUGAUUGAAAGGAUCAGAGAACAAGAAAACAGAGAAGUGGAGAAGGCUGAAGUAGUCAUGGAGUUACUUGAGAAGGAGAUUGAAGAGUUGAAAAGGAGAAAUGCUGAGCUUAAUGAGCUUUCAGAGACCAAGGACCUCAUCCACUUCCUGCAGCUUCUGAGCACUGACGGGAAGCUGAUAGCAUAA